UUCCAUUUAAUUUUCCAUUUUAUUAAGAUAUUAUCCUAUAUUAUUCCAUCAUUGUGUUUCAUUGCUUAUGAUGAGGAGAGUUUAAGCUUAGAAGUAUUUACCGUUUACCUCAGCCACUGUCAUUCAUUGAAUCCUUGUAAUUUAACAUGUAAAUAAGGUAAAGGAAGGCCCAGAGAGGCUAAGUAACUUUCCCAAAGUAACACAGCCUAUAAAAGACAGAGACAGAUUUUUGAACCCAGGUCCUUUGGUUUCAGAAUUUAUAAUUUUUUCUGUUUUCUUUCAAACUGUGCACAUACUGUAACUGUCAUUUCCCCUCGCAGCAGCUAUAUUCUGUUACUUCCAUUUUACCUUUAUGCAAAUAUCCUUUCGUAUAUAUGGGUUUGAAAUUAUGGGUCCGACUAACAUUCAGGACAGAACAUGUAUAGACUUUUUCCUGCCAUUGUUCCUUAAACAGUAUGGAAGAGCAGCAGUUCACACUUAGUUUAAAUUGUACCAGGAAUUCUAAGUACUGGGGGAUGAUCAAAAGCAUGCACAGAUGCUGUGCAGACAGCAUCUAACACGGAGGGAGCCUGCUCGUCUGCUGGAACUUGUGUGUCUGUUGGUCUGGGUGUCUGCAGGGCUUGGAACAUGGCUCCCACAGAUUCUGAGGGUGUCUGCAUUCUCAUGAGCUCUGGCUUCAAUAUUCCCCGCCAUCCUUGAUUUUUUUCAUUUAGGAUCCAACUCCAGAAAUGAAGUGUAGGGAACAAAGGUCAUAAACAUUUUAAAGAUGUUGAAACAUUCUAGACGUCCUCCAGGAGGCUGUUGCUGAGAUCUGCUCUCUAGAAACCGCAGCCCACCCUAGCUUGCUCGUCAGAGGGAAAGCAGAGUGGUGGAGCAGAUGGAAGUUGACUCCUGAAGGGCCACCUGGGACUGGAGGUGUUUAGUCAGCAGAAGCGGAAGUGGGGUGAGGUGGUCUCACUCACAGCUGAAGCGUCUCGGAGUCUUGAAUGGAAGAACGAAGUCUGCCCCCAGACCUUUACCCAGAAGUGAGCUAGUGGACGGAGGCUGUGGAGAGCCUUGUCUGCCCUGGAUAGAACAGGAUUGGUGUUGGAUAGCCCUGGCAUGGGUUCACGUAGGAUGGGCGGACAGGGCAGGGCUGGCUGGCUCCAGGGCGGCCACACAGCAUUCUCCCCACUAGCAUUACGUCUUUGAAUUAUAACUGGGGGGGUCUGCUCCCCAUUGCCCCCACCUUGGGGAGCCUGGCCCAGCCUGGUACCUCUCCCCAUCGAUCCCCUCAGCCUGAAGAGCACAGCCUGGCUUGUGUCACGCAGGCCACACAGCUCCUCCAUUAUGCAUGAGGGAGACCCGGCGGUGAGCGAGUGAGCCAGGCUGAGGGAGGGGACAAACCAUUAUUAAUAAACAAGUUAUUGUGUGGGGUUCCAUUUACCGCACUCUCAGAGGACGUGGUGGGCUCGCGAUAAUAAAGCCCUGUUUAUGUUACACAGGGCCGGGAGGUGACGAAGAGCGGGGCCACCAGGAAUGAUUUUGAUUCCUCCUGGGGCAGGGGCGGCCUGUCUUGGCUCCUCUGUCCAAGACCAGCCCUCGGGGGAGAGGGUCUAGCUGGGAUUUUGCUCAGGCUCGAGUUUGCCUCAGGCCUAAGAAAAGCCAGCUUUCAGUGGCAACCUGUCCACAAGGACAGCGCCUGAUGAGACUCCGGACAGGCCCGGAGAGCUGCAUGGUUGAUUGACUUAUGUGCAGUUUGGGAGCCUGGAGUUUUCUCGCCCUCUGCAGACUGGAGCGGAGCCUCCACUGGUGUGGCCCAAAGCAGGCCGAAUGAGGCAGAGAAGCUGAGCACUGUCUGGAAAGCCCACGCAGAGCGGCACAAGGCGUCGAGAGCCCGUGGGCUGGGCAGCUGGGAGCAAGGCCCGGUGCUGAGGAUGGACAGGCAGCAGGCACCACCCUGGGUUCACUUAGCCCUCAUCCUCUUCCUCCUCAGCCUCGGAGGGGCCAUUGAGAUUCCGAUGGACCUGACCCAGCCCCCAACGAUCACCAAGCAGUCAGUGAAGGACCACAUUGUGGACCCCCGUGAUAACAUCCUGAUUGAAUGUGAAGCUAAAGGGAAUCCUGCCCCCAGCUUUCACUGGACUCGAAACAGCAGGUUCUUCAAUAUUGCCAAGGACCCACGGGUGUCCAUGAGGAGGAGGUCUGGGACCUUGGUGAUCGACUUCCGCAGCGGUGGACGACCUGAGGAAUAUGAAGGGGAAUACCAGUGCUUUGCCCGAAACAAAUUCGGCACUGCGCUUAGCAACCGGAUCCGCCUGCAGGUGUCCAAAUCUCCCCUGUGGCCCAAGGAAAACCUAGACCCUGUCGUGGUUCAAGAGGGGGCCCCCCUGACACUGCAGUGCAACCCCCCACCUGGCCUCCCAUCCCCGGUCAUCUUCUGGAUGAGCAGCUCCAUGGAGCCCAUCACUCAGGACAAGCGUGUCUCCCAGGGCCAUAAUGGGGACCUAUACUUCUCCAACGUCAUGCUGCAGGACAUGCAGACCGACUACAGCUGCAAUGCACGCUUCCACUUCACCCACACCAUCCAGCAGAAGAACCCCUUCACCCUCAAGGUCCUUACCAACAACCCCUAUAAUGACUCGUCCUUAAGAAACCACCCUGACAUAUACAGUGCCCGAGGAGUUGCCGAAAGGACGCCUAGCUUCAUGUAUCCCCAGGGCACCUCGAGCAGUCAGAUGGUACUUCGUGGCAUGGACCUGCUGCUGGAGUGCAUUGCCUCUGGGGUCCCAACACCAGACAUUGCCUGGUACAAGAAAGGUGGGGACCUCCCAUCUGACAAGACCAAGUUUGAGAACUUUAACAAGGCCCUGCGCAUCACCAAUGUCUCUGAAGAAGACUCGGGGGAGUAUUUCUGCCUGGCCUCCAACAAGAUGGGCAGCAUCCGGCACACGAUCUCGGUGAGAGUAAAGGCUGCUCCAUACUGGCUGGAUGAGCCCAAGAACCUGAUCCUGGCGCCUGGUGAAGAUGGGAGGCUGGUCUGCCGAGCCAAUGGGAACCCGAAGCCGACUGUCCAGUGGAUGGUGAAUGGGGAACCUUUGCAAUCGGCACCACCCAACCCCAACCGUGAGGUGGCUGGAGACACCAUCAUCUUCCGGGACACUCAGAUCAGCAGCAGGGCAGUGUACCAGUGCAACACAUCCAACGAACAUGGCUACCUGCUGGCCAAUGCCUUCGUCAGUGUGUUGGACGUGCCCCCUCGGAUGCUGUCUCCCCGGAACCAGCUCAUCAGGGUGAUCCUUUACAAUCGGACAUGGCUGGACUGUCCAUUCUUCGGGUCUCCCAUCCCAACACUCCGAUGGUUUAAGAAUGGGCAAGGAAGCAACCUGGACGGUGGUAACUACCAUGUCUACGAGAACGGCAGUCUGGAAAUCAAGAUGAUCCGCAAAGAGGACCAAGGCAUCUACACCUGUGUGGCCACCAACAUCCUGGGCAAAGCUGAAAACCAAGUCCGCCUAGAGGUCAAAGACCCCACCAGGAUCUUCAGGAUGCCUGAGGACCAGGUGGUCAAGAGGGGCACCACGGUGCAGCUGGAGUGUCGCGUGAAGCAUGACCCCUCCCUGAAGCUCACGGUCUCCUGGCUGAAGGACGAUGAGCCACUCUACAUUGGAAACAGGAUGAAGAAGGAGGAGGACUCCCUGACCAUCUUCGGCGUGGCAGAGCGGGACCAAGGCAGUUACACGUGCGUGGCCAGCACCGAGCUGGACCAAGACCUGGCCAAGGCUUACCUCACUGUUCUAGCUGACCAGGCCACUCCAACUAACCGUUUGGCUGCCCUACCCAAAGGACGGCCAGACCGACCCAGGGACCUGGAGCUCACUGACCUGGCUGAGAGGAGUGUGCGGCUGACCUGGAUCCCAGGGGAUGAUAACAACAGCCCCAUCACAGACUAUGUCAUCCAGUUUGAAGAGGACCAGUUCCAGCCAGGGGUCUGGCAUGACCACUCCAAGUUCCCAGGCAGCGUCAACUCAGCCGUCCUCCAUCUGUCCCCAUAUGUCAACUACCAGUUCCGAGUCAUUGCUGUCAACGAGGUUGGGAGCAGCCACCCCAGCCUUCCGUCUGAGCGCUACAGAACCAGCGGAGCACCCCCUGAGUCCAAUCCCGGCGAUGUAAAGGGAGAAGGAACAAGAAAGAACAAUAUGGAGAUCACAUGGACGCCCAUGAAUGCUACCUCUGCCUUUGGCCCCAACCUGCGCUACAUCGUCAAGUGGCGGCGGAGAGAGACCCGGGAAACUUGGAACAAUGUCACAGUGUGGGGCUCUCGCUAUGUGGUGGGGCAGACCCCUGUCUACGUACCCUAUGAGAUCCGAGUCCAGGCUGAAAAUGACUUUGGGAAGGGUCCCGAGCCUGAGACCAUCAUUGGGUACUCAGGAGAAGAUUAUCCCAGAGCUGCACCCACGGAAGUUAAAAUCCGAGUCAUGAACAGCACAGCCAUCAGCCUUCAGUGGAACCGAGUCUACUCUGACACGGUCCAAGGCCAGCUCAGAGAGUAUCGAGCUUACUACUGGAGGGAAAGCAGUUUGCUGAAGAACUUGUGGGUGUCUCAGAAGAGACAGCAGGCCAGCUUCCCUGGUGACCGCCCCCGGGGCGUGGUGGGCCGCCUGUUCCCCUACAGUAACUACAAGCUGGAGAUGGUUGUGGUCAAUGGGAGGGGCGAUGGACCUCGCAGCGAAACCAAGGAAUUCACCACCCCGGAAGGAGUACCCAGUGCCCCCAGGCGUUUCAGAGUCAGACAGCCCAACCUGGAGACCAUCAACCUGGAGUGGGAUCACCCGGAGCACCCCAAUGGAAUCCUGAUUGGAUACACUCUCAAAUACGUGGCCUUUAAUGGAACCAAACUUGGGAAGCAGAUGGUGGAGAACUUCUCUCCCAAUCAGACUAAGUUCUCGGUGCAGAGAGCAGAUCCUGUGUCGCGCUACCGCUUCUCCCUCAGCGCCAGGACGCAGGUGGGCUCCGGAGAAGCGGCCACAGAGGAGUCCCCAGCACCUCCAAAUGAAGCUACUCCAACUGCAGCUCCUCCCACGUUGCCCCCGACUACUGUGGGUACCACAGGCCUUGUGAGCAGUACUGAUGCUCCUGCCCUUGCUGCCACCAGUGAAGCCACAACAGUCCCCAUCAUCCCAACUGUGGUACCUACCACCAUCGCCACUACCGUCGCCACAACUACUACAACCACUGCCGCCACCACCACCACCACCACCACCACCGAGAGUCUUCCCACUACCACCAUUGCGACUAAGAUUCACGAAACCGCCCCCGACGAGCAGUCCAUUUGGAACGUCACGGUGCUCCCCAACAGUAAAUGGGCCAACAUCACCUGGAAGCACAAUUUCAGGCCUGGAACUGACUUUGUGGUUGAGUACAUCGACAGCAACCAUACGAAAAAAACUAUCCCCGUUAAGGCCCAGGCCCAGCCUAUACAGCUGACAGACCUCUAUCCCGGGAUGACGUACACGUUGCGGGUGUAUUCCCGGGACAACGAGGGCAUCAGCAGUACCGUCAUCACCUUUAUGACCAGUACAGCUUACACCAAUAACCAGGCAGACAUCGCCACCCAGGGCUGGUUCAUCGGGCUCAUGUGUGCCAUCGCCCUUCUGGUGCUGAUCCUGCUCAUCGUCUGCUUCAUCAAGAGGAGCCGCGGUGGCAAGUACCCAGUGAGAGAAAAGAAGGAUGUCCCCCUGGGCCCUGAAGACCCCAAAGAAGAAGAUGGCUCAUUUGACUACAGCGAUGAGGACAACAAGCCUCUGCAGGGCAGCCAGACGUCUCUGGACGGCACCAUCAAGCAGCAGGAGAGUGACGACAGUCUGGUGGACUACGGGGAAGGUGGCGAGGGCCAGUUCAACGAGGACGGCUCCUUCAUCGGCCAGUACACGGUCAAAAAGGACAAGGAGGAGACCGAGGGCAAUGAGAGCUCCGAGGCCACGUCGCCGGUCAACGCCAUCUACUCUCUGGCCUGACGGAGCGCCCCGGUCACGGCACUGCUUUGCAAGUAGGAGGGGAGAGGGGAGAGACAGCCACCGCAGACCCACCGCCAAGCCACAGCCACCUUCAGGGACAAGGGUACCACAUGGGGGUCUGCCAAGCUGUGAGGACCAGCGGCGACCCAGCUAUCCACCGCCCCCUCCCAGGGAUGCCCCAACGCCCUCGGGUGUCACUAGAUGGGAAGGCUAGAGCUACGCUCGUCGGAGGGAGCCCUAGCUGCUUGCCCUAUCUCGUGGCCACCCUGAGCGUUCCACCACCAUGGCCACCCUUGAUCUCAGCACACGCGUAUCCAUUUCUAUUACUUACAAUCUUUUCACUGUCUUUUUUUUUUUUUUUUUGCUUUGUGCAUCUUCUCCUUCCAACCCAUUGUCUCCAUUUUCUUUUACUUUUGGAGAAAAAAAAAAAAAAAUGUCCCUGGAAAAAGGAAUAAGUGGGCUCUCCCCCAGGAAACAAAAAGAUGGGCAAAAAGGAUUGAUCCAUAACACAACAUGCAGAAAAUCUGUAGUAUUCAAGCUGCCACCGGCCCGGUGUGUUUCCGAAGGAUGCCUUUCGCCAUAUGCCUCCCCCCGCCCCCACCUCCCCACCCAUCUGCCUCGGCCUUGUCCAUGCUGGGCUUGGCUCCUUUCUGGAAAAUGACAGUGUUUUUUUGGCAGGGAGAGGGUGGGCAGGACUCCUCGCCAUGCUCUGGUUUGGUCGGGAGUGGGGUUUACCUCUCGCUCCUCGUCUUGACUCCGCCCCUGCUGCCCGAGAGUCUGAGAGGGAGCUGCAUAGAAGAUGAGGAAGAAGAAUAGGUCCUGAUGAGGAGGACUGUGGUGGCUGAGCCCCAUGCAGAAAGGAGUGAGAACGUAGUUCCUGGGUAACAGAGCAAACCUCUGGAGAAAAAAAAAGGGGGGGGGGCUGGGUUUGGACCUCGUCUGUCUCUGGCAGUGAAGCCCAGAGUGGAGGAGAGAGGACCACAGUUGCCCACCCAGUCAGGGUCUAUGCUGCUACCCUCCAAGAGCUGGAUCCCUGUGAUACAGGAGCAUGGCUGGUGUAUCUGGGGGUAACAAUGCUGCUCCCCCUCACAUCCUCUCCUUGCUCAAUUGUGUCUGACAUUGACUUGUGUUUGACAUGGUAUAUGAAUGGGGAUCUGCUGCCCCCAGACUGAGCCUCUCUGUCCUUUCAUUAGGGUACACAUACAUAUCAGGGGACCCUGGGGUGCACCGAACUAACGGUGCUGCGAUGCCCCUGCCUGGAAGGACGCAAAGCUCUUCGUAUGCCUUACGCAGCGCGGAUCUAACCCUGCAGUUCCCAGAUCCCUAGGCCUGCUCUGCAAGCCUUGAUGCCUCCAGUGAUGUAUGUCUCGGGACCAGGGCAGCCUAUGCAAGUGUCCCCUUGGGACCGGAAGCAGCCACCCCACACACGCCCUUACCCCCCACCGCCCUAAUGGAGACACUCGCAGGCAUGCAGAUCUCAGCCUGAAGGUGCUGCCUUCAUCCCCCACCUAAUCCACUUCUGAAACCAAAGGUACCUUGGCCUCGGCGACCACAGGAGAGACGGGAGAUCUUUGAGCCAGAGUGUCGCCCUGUAGCUGCGUCUACAGCCUGAGGCAGUUGUGGGAGGGCAAGGUGGACCACGGCGAACAGAUCACCUGCCACCGGCAUGGCCUCCAACUUGAGCUACUAGUCAGGGGCCUAGGCAGGAGCAGGGCUGUGCCCUUCAGAGACUUUCCAAAAGCAUCAUUUGCCAUAUGUUUAAGCCACAGAGGUAUUAGCAAUGCUUGUAUCACUUGAUCCGCGUGGGGUUGAAGGUCAAGCCCAGAGGCACACACUCUCUGCAGGUAAGAAACCAUAUCCCAGAGAUGAGCCAAUCACGUUUGAACCGGAGAGUGUGUCGUGGUCCUUUGACCCAACCCAUGGCCAGCGCUGGCUGCCUGGAGGCCUGAGAGAUGGCCCUCGUGGCGAAAGGGGACAGGGUAAACAGCAGAAGGCUGAGGAUGGGGGUGUGCUCUGAGUCCCCUUCCCCAGCCGGCUCUCUUCUGGCACUCUCGAAUGCAGCUGGGCAUUGCUGCAGGAUAAGUCACCAUUCCUGGCGGGAAGGUUCGGGGAAAUGUGUCUGUUAGCUGAAGUGAAGACUCACCCUUUCCAGAAAACACUUUGGAGCUGGGCAGAAUGGUCCGUUUCUCAGGUCUCCUUCCCAUGGCACCAUCCAGCUAGGGAACGCAUGGCACCAACAGCGGGUUUUUAGAGGAAGGGACUCCUAGAUGCCACUGUAGCUGUCCCUGCCACCGACAGCCUGGAGAGGGCUGCUUUGGUCUUAAGGGUCCAGGGAAGCAGUGAAUCCUUAGGCUGCCUUUGUGCCUCAUUCCAGAGCUCUGUCAUGUUCGGUACCCUCCUCCUCUGUAUAUAAAGAGAUGGCGAUGAACUCUUCUCUCAAGCUUUGUUUUGUGGGUGCUGAUAGCCAACCACCACUGAUCACAGCUCUCCUGGCAGGGACAGAUCUGGGCUGGAGAUGUAAAGAUGGCAGGUGCCCACAGACCAGACUCUCCGGCCGGUCAUGAGAGGUUGCAAGGUGGAGGAGGCAACUUCUUCCAGGGAGGGGAGUGGCCACUUCCCACACAGCCCGCCAGACCCUACCCCAACUCAACAGGAGACCAGUAUUGCCCCUCCCUACACCUGGAUCUCAAGCAGCCAUCCCAAAUCCUGCCAGUGUUUUGCCUGUCUGGUGGGGGCCAGGGAAGGCUGUGGGUCAUCUUGCAGUGAUUUCUGGGUGUUUAUCCAAUGCUCUUUGAGCUUCUAGUCUGGACCAAGGCUUGAGCCCUGAAUCACGUUAAUGAGUGAGGUCAGACGUGACCCCUGCCCACACAGGGCUGAUAUUACUGGAAAUGAGUAGAUGAGGUAGCGGGACAGAGUGUCCUUGUUUGCUUAGACUACUGAUUGUCAAGUCAGGAAGGAGAGGCUUCCAAGGGAGAACUUGAUCCAUUGGACCAGCAAAUCUGGGCAGGGCGUGGCAGUCAAAAUGAGCAGGGGUUAAGCAGCCAGCGUUAUGCUUCUUUAGGGUGUCUGUCUCCCCCCAAUUUGGCCCCUCUUUGAAUACUCCUGUUCAGAGGUGGAUUCGAGGUACAGGUCAGGAUCAGCUGCCCCCCCACCCCACCCUGCCUAGGAUAUGGUAAACAGGAUACACGGGUCUCUGCUUGUGCAGAGACCCAAGCUGACACCAGAGGGAAAACCAGGCCGGCUCCUGCCCUUGCCUAUUUCCUCUGCCCCCAGAGGUCAGGGGAAGAGGGACCGGGACCACCCCCUCUCAACAAGGUCUGGAAUGAUCACUGGGCAUCGAGUCAGCCGCUGACUCCACUCACCCCACAAAGGGAACAAAGAGAGCAUGUCCCUGGUUCCCCUGAACACAGCAUUGUGAAGGGAAUAGAAACAUCCGUGGGUAUUUGUAGAGUUUCCGGACAACCUCCCCACCCACCACACACCUGUGCAUGCACAUGCCCAUGCACGGAGUAGUCCUCCACCCUGCUGCGGAGCAGGGCUUCCAGGAGGGAACAGUGCAGAUCAUGACGUCAUCUUGCAGAAUGUGAGUCCAUAUCUGGCUCGCUUGAGAUGAGCUACCAAGGCCUGGGGGUGGGGGCACUUUGGGAAAGGAGAGAGUCUCCAGGUGGGGCCUUAUGUUUGUAAUUCCUGUGGACAGAAUGUGGAGAAGAGAUUUGAAGAAGAGACAAACAGGCCUCCACAUUUCCUGGCCCCUCCUGGGGAGCCCCUGGUUAAGCCUGGCUCCCCAAGAUGAUGGGGAAAGAUGGGGAAAGAAAGGUUUUCUUGCUAUGUAUGAGGCUGUUUCAUGGUUGCUCUGCGGAGGUAAAACUUCUUGGUCCCUCCGUGGUCUAGGACUGAGGCCAAGACUCACUUCUCAGAAGGAGGAUAUUGCUCAAAUGCCAGCCCAGAGCCCAUGCCUCACUUCUGUCACCUUGGGGUGGGGUGUCCUCCAACCAAGUCCAGCAGCCUCUGUCCAAUGCAAGCCGAUGGCCAGGAUUAGGUCCACUAGCUGGGUCACAGUGCUCCCUUUUCCCUGGAGCCAAUGUCCUUAGGUGAAUUCCACAAGGUAGCCUAGGAAUCCCAUGUAGGCAGUCCCCAGUUCAAAACAAGACAUCUCGAGCCAGUGACAGAGGAUGUGGAGUGUCAGGAGCUUCGAUGCCCUGGGGGACACAGGUGGACCGGGCAGAGCUUCCCUGCAACUCCGUGGCCAAAUGCCUUUUAACACUAAUGUGCUGAUAAGAGCAACUGCCGCCGCCGCCGCCGAGGGAGGCGGAAACGAAGCAGAGCCAAGGCUUCUCGCUUAGGACAGAAUCGGAUUCCUGUGUGAAGGAACCUCAGAGCUGAUCUAAUCGAAGUGACUCACUGUACAGAAAAGGAAGUGGCAGUGCAGGGGGGAGGGGGGGAGAGAUGGCCAGUGAGGGUAAUAUUAGGACUUGAACUUGGGCCUUCUGACUCCGUGUCCAGUGUUCUUUCAUCCCACCACAGCUGCCUCAGCAGGUGUUGCUCCAGAUCUGUCCUGCUUGUCACCCUGCCUCCUCUUUCUACAUUACACUCCCAGAACCUCCCAGUGAACAGCAAAAAGGCUUUUUCCUGAGUCCGAGA